AUGUCUUGGGACUGGACGCGUUCAGACAUCCGCAAUGGCCGAAGCCUGUUCGAAGCCGGCGAGUAUCUCAAACCGUCUAGAAUAUCUGCGACACCGGUUCCAAAAGCUGGUGCUGAUGUUCAUUCCAAGCCCGCCCAAAGAACACGCCACAGUUUUGCGAUGCCCGCCGCAUCUAGUACACCAGUAUCUAUUGAGUCUGGACUGGUUUUGAACUACACACCUGGCACCCUGCUGGGAGAGAGCGGCGGUCGUGAAGAUUCUGCAGGUGUGAUCUACCACAGCGGCGGACAGCCAGUCGCUGAGGAGGUCACUGAUACGAUACCAUAG